AUAACCCAUUCUACCGAAAUGUUUCGGGCGCUUUGGAAUCUUGCCAUUCUUGCACUUAUCGUUGGUUUGAAAAAGUGCGGAACUUUUGAAGCACCUUCACAAGCAUCAACCAGGUCCCUGCCGAAGUGUCAGCGGCCCAGUCAAUUUUUAGAAUAUGGAGCCGAGGACAUAGAAGUUGUUGAAAGUCUUGAUAUUGCUUUCGUCUCAUCUGGAAUCCACUACUUUAAAGAUCGCGCCUCAGGAAUUCGUGGGAAAAUUUUUUUAAUUGAUCUCAACGUGCCAUUUGAAAAUUUAAAAGCCGAAGAACUAAAAAUCGCGGGCACCUUUAAUAGGGAUGAAUUUCGUCCACAUGGUAUAUCUUCAUAUUAUGAUCAUGGCAGAUUGGAGUUAUAUGUUAUCAAUCAUAAUCUAAAAUUUGAACACUCUAUUAUUGUUUUUGAAUAUGAUCAGAAGGAACACCUUCUAAACUACCGUCGUACUAUUACUGAUUCGGCUUUUAGAAGUAUUGUUUACUACAAUGGAAAGAAGUCUCAAAUCGUGCUAGACAACCUGCUGACUCCAAAUGGAAUUGCAAUAGACAAAUCAAAAAAGCAUCUUUUCGUAUCAUCUCCCAAUGCACGAUCGACCACCGUCUACAGCCUUAUUAGGGUAUCGCAUAAAAAAACUUUUUGGAUUAUGGCUUCUUUGUUUAAAGUAGUACAAAAUAUUCAGAAUAAAGAGUCAAAAAUUUCCUUGACGGAAAUUUCAAAAGUGCCGCUUUAUACAAGUCCGGAUAAUCUGUAUUUGGACAAGCAAAAUUCGCUGUGGAUCGGAUGUCAUCCAGUAGCUUAUAAAGUUUUUCUACAGACCUUAUUUUCGGGAGAUGAAAGAUUUGUUGGACCAUCACAAGUUCUUCAUGUGGAAUUCCGUAACCAGUUUAAGGAAUGGUCAGUGAAAGAGGUAUACUCUGAUGAUGGAUCUGAAAUUCCAGCCAGUUCUGUUGCAGUAACGUCUUCUGAUAAAAUUUUGAUUGGAUCUAUAAACCACAAUUUAAUUGUGUGUAAAAAUCUUUAUUUUUAG